AUGGAUGAAAUACAGGAACCACUAUCGCAGGUGACUCUGCCGUCCACAGAAGGGCCUGGUUCGCCCAUGGAUCCCAACGCCUCCUUCAAGACCGAGGUCAACGACGACAGACCAUCCGCCAUGGUCAUCCCAUCUUCGCUCACCCCGCCGCCCUCGUCGCAGAUUGGUGCCGCCACGAAUCGCCGCAUCACAGCAUUCUCCCAGUCCCAGCAGACGGCCCCCGUCUCUCCGCCCGCUACGAUACUCAACACCCUGCGCGAUCGCGACAUCUCGUCGACCUACCUUGCGCCCUCCGCUGAGCAGGUCCGCGACGCCUCUGCUGACCAGCUGCGCGCCAUGCUGCAGACCUGCAUCGCCGAGAACCAGAAGCUCAAUAUGGAAACGGCCCACCACAAGCUGCAGUACAGCUUGCUGAGCCUGCAGGCCGAUGAGGAAUCCAAGCGUGCCGCGGUCGAACAUGACAUGGUUCGCCGCCAAGUCGAUAUUCUUCGCGGCGCUGAGCACUCCAGGCAGGCCAAGCGCGAGUUUGGCUCUCCCUCGGAUACCAUGACGACCAAAUACUUUGAGCUCAAGACGUCUUACGACGCAGCCAAGGAGGAAAUCGACAGCUUGCAACGGCGUGUCCGUGUCGCCAAAAGGGUCAUCCAGCAGAAGGGGGAGGAAACGGCGGGCCUGGUGGAGGAGCGCGACAUGCUCCUCAACCGUAUUCGCGAAAACCGAGAGCACUUUCAGAUGCUCUGCGGCCCUGGCGGCAUCUUCCACGGCGCCCUCACUCCACACCAGAGCUCUCAACCCUUGCAGUCGUCCCACACUGCGCGAACACAUGGCAACGAAAAGGACGUAGGUUUAGAAAUGAUUCUGCAGGCUAUCAGCCAGAACGAUCAGAACCAAAGUGCUCCCUCGACGCCUGCCCAAGUUCUUCCACGGUCCACACCUCGCCAGAGCCGCCGGCACAGCCGCAAUGCCCAGUCCAUGUCGUCUCUUCCAACCACGCCAGUCAACCAUCCCCGUGGCGAGCACUCUGUCCUGCUUCCCUCCGCCAAGCUGGUGCCACAGACAGAGCCCCGCACCAUGUAUACACAACAGUACUUUGCGCCUGUGACCCCAGACCGACGUCAUCGUCGCAAGAGCCGCGAGAGCACCAUCUCCGCCGACGAGAGCGAGGAUGCCGUCGCUGCUGCCAGGAGAGCAUCCGGCGCCAUACGCACCAAUGUGUCCAUGCACAGCAGGCGAAGCGACAACGCCAGCGAGUCGCAAGUAUUUGACAGCCAGGCCAGCCAGGCGGCGACCGAUCUCCUCCGCCGGCACCCCGGUCAGAGCUUCGACGCCGCGAGCUCGGGCGACUCGCGCGACGGCAGCCCCAUCCAGCUGCCUGCCAAACCUGCCCCGGCCAAGCCGCGCUCCAGGCUACCAGACUCCAGCCGGUCCGAGAAGAGGCGACUGUCUGGAUCGGAUGCCGAGACGGCGGCAAAGUCACGGCGGGACCACGGGAGCCCAGCGAAAAAGGCCCGUACCGGCGCGGAUGCCGACGGACGCCGCGUGGGACUCGGAAUUCAGUACCAGUAA